GUAGUUGUUGUAUGCGUUCAGACGUGUUCCGAGGUGUUUGUCGCUGUGAUGUCUGUGUAUGAUGUUGUUUCACUCUGCCUUUGUUUGUUAACUACGUGUGAAUUUACCACAGGGUUACAACGAAAUGCAAUUAACGUGAUAACAACGUAUACCUACACUCAAAGUAGUUACACAACUAAUUGUGGAUUCCUUUGGCUUGGUCGAUGUACCAGAUACAGUCGACAGUCCAGGUGGACUUCCAGAUGCAAGACAGGGUAUCGAUCAGAGGAUAAUAUAGGAUGCCCAUACAAGUGCACUGCCAUCAGCAACUGUCAAACAGAACAAUGUACCAGUAAUCGAGACCAGGUGUGCACACGCUGUGAUGGGGUCGUGUCUCACGAACCGGGGCAAAGAGCAUAUCUCCUUACCACAAACAAGAAAGCAUGUACAAAAACCUGUUCUUGGCGUAAUGACAGCACCAGGUGUUAUCCAGGAACAUGCAGGGGCGAGUAUGCCAGUAACUGUUCCUGCUCAAGUGGCUUCACUGGACAACACUGCCAGACAAUUACAACGAAACCCGCAAUAAAGUUGAACCUGUUUCGCCUGACUGCCAGCAAUGGGGACACGGCCCAAGCACCUCCCAGCAUCAACAGUGGCCCAUCGCAGUCCAGCAGCUGGUCCAACAUAUAGUCUCCAGCAAUAAUGUACUACAAGUUUACGGCAGAAUACAAAAUGACACCUCCAUCCAGACAUGCCUUCAUUGAAGGCUUCAGUGCGGGCAUUGUCAGCGUUUAUGCAUCCUUCAAACUUAAAAGAAGGUGGCGUGUGGUCUCAACCAAGGGAUACAACUGUGGGGGAGCAAGCAGAAGCAGCCCAGACACAGACCUGUACACGUGUGAAGGGGCGCCUCUCCUACCUCUACCCUUCCAACACAGAGAUAUUAUUGAGUUUUCCUAUAAGGCCAGUAAUGGAGGAUAUGUUAAAGUACGGAACAAGGAGACAAAGAACCUAGUGACCCACUACUACAGCGGAGCCACACAGACCCGCACCUUUACAAUGACCAUUGACCUGGUGGCUCCCUAUCACUGUACUGGUACUACUGCCUGUAUCAGCAGCAUGUUGACAGCUCCCAAUGUCAUCACUACACCAACAGUGAAUCUACGCUGGAGUGGCUGGUCAGAUGCCGCUGCAGGUGUUGACCACUUUGUGAGGGACGUGUAUGAACUCUACGUUGUUGGAGAUGUACUCAGAGAUAAACGCCGGAUUGCCAGGAAGACGUUUACAAGCUCUGUGGGGAGUUCUGUAUAUACAACCGACAAGUUCAGACUGUUGACAUCCGGGGUUUACUCUGUUGUCCUGUCUGCCUAUGACAAGGCAGGUAAUCACAGGAGUGCCAGACGUAUCCUGAUAUAUGAUGGCACUUCGUCUGUAACCACUCAGGCUAAUAAAAAACUCCGUGUGACGACAGCAGCAUCAGCAACGUCAGAGUGGCAAACGACAUCAUCAGCAGUGACAGUGGACUGGACCAACAGAUACAUCAACACAGUGCAUCACAACAAGAAGUGGCUCCAGAGCGUGGCUCCUCUUGCUGACAUCGGCUCUGGCUAUGAUGACAAGGAAGGAAGCAGAGGUGUAGAUGAAGUCAGAAAUGUUCAAGGUAUCACAAGCUUCCGCACUUCUUACAAAGUCGACCAUAAAGGAGGAUCGUCCAUCACCAGCCCACCAGCGGUGUUCACCAUUCAAGGUCUGAGUCAGUCACAAACUAUAACACCCUCUCUUGUGGAUGGGGACACUGUGCGCUUCUGGGUGCGAGCCUAUGAUAUCAUGUCGGACACGAAAGAAGAGAGUGUGACAGUCCACAUCGACACAUCACCCCCAGUCAUAGAGAACCUGUGGCUCACCAGAAACGGCAGCCUCAACAUCAGCGUACAUGGUGUGAAGGAACUCAAUGAUGUCAUAAUGGAGUGGAAUUUGUACGAUGGGCACAGUGGAGUUGAGGCGGUGGAAUGGAGAAUCGUAGAAAAACGACAAGAUGAAGACAUGGUGCUGGCUGUUCAUGGCAUUUCUAUUAAAAGCUAUCUUACUAUGGGUGCCUGCAACACAAUAUCUGGCACAAGGGAUGGUGGCUGUUAUUGUACGCCCCAUGGGAGAUGCUAUCAUCCCCACUUCCAAGUGAAACCCUCCCCUGCCGACAUAAAGAAAGUCAAGGUCAAGUUCGCUGAUGGAAAGGAAUACUGUUUCCAGGUCAAGGCUACAAAUCAUGCUAAACUGAAAACUGAACAGGAAGUCAAGAUCACAAUAGAUGCGAGCCCCCCUCGUUCUGGCAUUGUCCACGAUGGUCAGUCUGGACAACCGGAAGUGGACUACCAAGACAGCCUACAGCUCCAUGCCCACUGGGACGGGUUCUUUGACAGGGAGAGCGCAAUCUCCUUUUAUCAGUACACCUUCGGCCCCAGAUGUUUACAGGGAGACCUGUUUGACCUUAAUCAAACCAAAAACAUGGAAUCAACACGCUCUACCGAGGUCUCAUGGACAGCACCUUCUUGUGGAACGUUUUAUGUAACGGUUGUUGCUUAUAAUGGAGCUCAGCAGAGAAGCGAUGCCGUCUGUUCUGAUGGAGUGGAGACGUGUAACCCCACUCCUGUCCUCAGUGAACCCAGUAAAUCCGAAGGUAAUCCAUUGGUCGGAAAAACCCUUGUACUGAUUCUGUCGGGGACUGGGUCCGCCGUGGUUGCAGUUGCUGGCAUCAUCGUUGGAGUUGUUGUCUGGAAGAGGAAACAAAGACGCCAACCGGAGAGUCCCGGCCAAGCUGUGUACUACAAUACAGGGCUAUCGAAAAAGGUUAAACCUAAAAAGACAAAACCUCGGACCAACAGAAGUAAACCUGAAGCCAGGACGUACGACACACUUGAUGUCAACUCGCGCGACACAGGUCCUGGGGAAGAAGCAUAUUGUUCUAUACAGACUCCUGGGGCGGACGAUAAUAUCAUGUAUGAACCCAUUGACAGUCAGAUGUAUUUGAACAGUUGCCUACCACCACGCGUGACGUCCGACACAACAUCAAAUGAUUUAUACGAAGAAAUUUAAACACAGAGCGUGCGGCCUCACAAACAUAACUCUCAAACUACCGUGGGGAUUCCAGGGGUUAGAUAUGGAAUACUGUAAGGGACGUUCUCGCGAUCUCGCAUUCUCGCGAUCUCGACCUUUAGAAACGAGGUAAAUA